UGGCUACACAAACUCGUCAUAAAUAUCUUGUUUAUUGAGUUUUGAAGGCGGCCGUCAGAAAAAUGGUCGCUCCAUUGGCUAACAGACGGUGUGUCACAUUUGGUGGCUUGUGAUAUCAACUCUUAUUUUCGUCUGCCGAAUAGCUUUAAUCUUGUUCUUGCAUUACCUCCGGUUGUUAUAGGUUGUCUUAUCAAAUAUUGUCCCACACACUGCCAUUCAUACUUCACCAAGAUACAACAUACCUUCAUGCUAGAUCCAAACCUAUUAAAGGCCGGACUUUAUAUUUAUAAAAAACAAUUAGUAGUAUGUACCGUCAGACUAUGCAAUGUGCUUUGAAUUAUCUUAAUAAUCUAAGUUAAAUACUAAAGAAAUGGAACUUGAUUCCUUGUGCGAACAUUGGGAUUCGACUUUGGAUAUUGACGAAGAAAAUUCUGAAACUGUCGCUGAAUCCGAACAGCAUCCACGCCUUUCAUUAUAUAAAAACAAAGGUCGAGCUAUCGAUCAGGAAAAACGUUGGCGUCAAAAACUCAGCAUACUUAAGUCUAAAAAAGAACGAUUAGAUCAUUUCGAUCAUAAUCGCUUUUCUGUGAAUAAAGAAGAGCCCUCAAAACACCCUUGGGCAUCAACUGAAACAAAGUCAGAAAUAAGAAGUUGGCGUCGUCACUCGAAACUUUUAAUGCUAGCAGAGUGGUUUCUAUUUAUGCCUCCAAAUUUUGGAGAGGAAUAUCGGAUGAAAAUUUGUCCUAAAGGGCGCCAUGUAUUUAUCAAGGCUUCAAAAGGAAAGACUACAGUAUAUACUAGAAAUGGACGUCAACUGAUAUCCUCUGUUUCACGACUUCCAGGAGGUGGUUUAGGCCAAAGUGAUAAUCAGAACAGUUCAUAUACAACUUUAUUAGAUUGCAUAUUAUACUGUCCGGAAAAGAAUAUGGAUUUCACUAAUUUCCAAACGGCAAAUGAAACAAAGCAAGUGACUUUUGUCUUCUACGUAGUUGACAUCAUUUUUAUGAGAUCGACAGGCUAUGCCAAUCUACCUGUAAGUCUGUUGACGAAUUUCAUUAAAAUGAUACAACAGUAUACUUUACAUUAUGUUUGUUUUUUAUCCUUUUUUUAACUCAAAGAAAAAUAACACUCUUAAGCUAAAGCUUUCUAAUUAAAUGUUUUUAGUCGUUUCUAGAUUUGUUAAUAUUCUUGUUUUCAUAAUUUAUCCCAAUACUCAUUACUUCAUUUUAAACCCCAAGAAAUCUGGUAGUGUACAGAAGGUUUUCCAUCUGGUGAUAUGCACAUUCUAGAAUAUUGUAUGGAAAUUCAUCUCAGCGUGCAUUUGUUCCAGGCAUUACGUUGAUUACGACUGACUAAACGUAGUAAUAAUCAAAUAUGGGUUAUGAAUUGCACUGAGCUGUCUACAUUAUUUGAUCUGCGAAUAACAAUUUUAUGAACGAUCCCAAUGGUUAGAGAAUUAUCUCAAGCAACAAAUAGAGGAGUAUAAGGAAAGUGAUCCCAUUGAUGGUGUUCUAUUUUACCACAAAGAUGUUAAUUACGAACCUGGAGCAACUCCUCUUGUUAGCUGGUUGAAACCAUAUAUGUUACCGGAAUGGUUUCCCGAUAUCAAUUAUCAUUCAGAUUUCAUGAAAGAUAUUCCUGACGAUUAUACUGACUAUAUUAAUGGAAUACAACAAUAUGAAGCUAAAAUGUCUUCGAAAUAAUUACAUUCCGUCAUCCAGCAGACAAUUCCUGAAUAGAUCCACGUAGUAACUUGCCAUCACUCUUAAGAGGGGAAUUCCACUGAUUGGCUUUUCUGCAUAAGGAUCAUUGUAGUACCUUGUUGCUUCGUGGUUUUUUUUACUUACAUGAAAACAACUAUUACAUAUUGAAACCUUUCAUACUCACAUAGCCAAGUGUACUUUUUCUCUAGAUUAUCCGUACAAUAAUUUCCCUUCUUCACUAAUCAGACAGUGUGAAUUAACAAAUACCCUGGGUUUGUUGAGCAAGGCCAACCGUUAAUAAGGUUUUGUAAUGCACACAUAGUUGCACAUAAUUGUAUAAAAAAACUCAAAUGUAACUGGAUCCAUAAAUACACAAGCUUCAUCUGUUA